GGUAGAAACUCUACAAAGAUCAGCUUGUUAGCAACAGUGUGACCUUUUUCCUCUCUCUUUUCGUACCGAGACUCAUAUUAUCGACAUGCGAUGGAGGGGUCGGAUACAUACCUCAUAAGACCUAAUCAUCAGUUCAAGUUUAAGCCAGCCAUUGUGAAGGAAUGUAUUCGAGAAAUUGUGAGGGAGCGCCUGUCUGGGAUGCGUUAUGACCCAGAGGAAGUCCCCGAGCUGUCUCGCUCACUGGCAGACUGCAUUAAGGAUAAAGUCAAGAAUGCAGGAUUUGACAGAUAUAAGCUAGUCGUGCAGGUGGUCAUUGGCGAACAACGAGGACAAGGAGUCAAGAUGUCUUCAAGGUGUUUAUGGGAUGCUGACACAGACAACUAUGCAGAAGAUAUUUUCAUAAACGACAGCUUGUUCUGUGUGGCGGCAGUUUUUGGGACUUAUUACUACUGAAGACAAGAGGAUGGAUGACAGAAUUCUUUCAGAUGAAGAGAAAAGGUGAACAUCCAAACGAUGGUGCUCACUGUAAGCACUUCUGGUCUACAGUGCGUUGAUCUGAUUUAACUGCAAGUGCUGCAUCUUGAGACAGCUAGCAUCAAGAGUGGAAGUGAUGGAUCUCUGUGCUGAUACUGUGGAAACUCAAAAAUGAAGGAUUUCACCAGUAUUUCAUGACUUGGUUAAGAUGAUGAAGACUGAAUAGUUUUUUUCUUGGAAGGGUUAACAGACUGAAGGUCUUAUUUUCUUGGAAACAUUAUUAGUGUUCGUUCGGUAGACCUGCUGGGUAAAUAGAGGAUCCAGACUCAAUGUACUGCAGUACAGUUCGUAUUUGUUCUACACUUAUUGACAUCAUUUUUGGCAAUACAAAAAAAAAAAAACUGCCAGUUCAAAUACACAUUUGAAUGGAUGCCAUCAUUAUAUUCUGCACCACAUUGUCAAAUAUAUGUUAAUGGUAAAACAUUUCAAACUCACCACUGCCAGUGACAUCAGCUGGUAGUCAUGCUCUCAUACUGAAGCCUUCUGGCUGGAGGCCGUCUGACGAGUCAAUGGAACUGUGGCUGUCAAUAAUAUGCAUUGUUAUUCAUUGCACUGUAGUCAGCCUAUAGUGGUUCUGCUCCCAGGUCUCCUAUAUAUAUAUAUAUAUAUAUAUAUAUAUAUAUCUCUCUUUGGAGCUUCCUUUUGUUCCUCUGCCUGAUUUCUCAUCUGGCUCUACUCUCAAUGAGUCUUUCAACCUUCUCCAAUCAGUCCCUUUAUCUCUUUGUGUCAUGCAAUCUGUCAUCAGGGUUUCAGUCAGAGAGUGAUUUUAAAACUGUUCAUCAAUAAUAGCUGAUUAGCUCAUGCAAGCUCAACUUCUACCACCGCUAACAAAACUGCUGAUUCCCUCAGUCAAGCCCCUAGGCGGCAGUGAGACACAAUUGAAUCCUUCACUGGCAGCAGUGUGAUUCCAAAACCUACUCAGACAACUGCAAGAGGAGACUGCAUAUUUGCCCCAUUUAAAAUGGCCUUAAUCUAUUUUUCUCUGUUGUAGUUUGUAGUGCUUUUACUAUUUUCACUUUCAGUAUGUGCAACUACUGCCGGUUAUCUUCUUAUCAAAGACAAAUGAGUCCAAUAGUGAAGCUUCCCUGUCAUUUGUUGGUGAAAUUGAUGUCGGUCUGCAAUACAUAUCAGAUAUUCUUAUGUUUUUCUAGUUGCUCUUGGUGUUUUCAAUUAUUUUCAGAAAACCAGCAGCCAGCUGGAAAAGUAGAUGUUUUUUAGUCUAUAUAUAAAGACUAAUGACACAGAAGUGAGCAGCUAAAGUGAUCAAGCUUAGCUGAUGGUUGAAUGACUCAUCCUGUGAUGCCAAAUGUUGCCCCUCUAUUUCUGUUUGCAAAGCUGAACUGUAAAUGAACUUUUAGAAGCUUAAAUAACCAAAAGUAUGCAUGGGCCAUGCAUAUUACUACUCACAAAUAUUUUGUGUCCAAAUGUAUUCAAAUCUAAUAAUAUGUUGCUUUUCAUAUACAAAACCUACAAUUGAAUGAGAAUGACAUUUUCCUUUUAUAACUUUUUUUCUUUCUUAUGGAUGUAUCCAUAUCUGUUAUAAUAAACUGUGAUAAACAAGGUC